GUGAUUUUGGCGAUGCUCAUAUAUUUUCUUCUUGACUAUCCCCCCGCCGCCUACCUCAUAGCCAACACGUGAAGCUAUCAUUAGCGUUUCCAUCAUGAAAAACUGGGUCCCUUUGAUUUUGGCCGCUUUGGUUGCAGGCACCGCAGCCAAAGACUGUGCCUUUUUCUACGACUCCACUGUCUCGGAUCCCUACAUGGCUUCUCUUCCUGCUUCCAACGCGCAGUGGUACUGCAAAAACGACAUUGGCGGUACAAUGGAAGACAAAGAGUCGAAUAUCUCCAACUCAGCAACCAACCCGAACUUUAGAUGCGGCAUUUGUCGAGGAGCUAGGAGCUCGACCAAGAACUACGACAUCCCUGAUAAGAUUGGCAACUACGCAAUUAGGUGCGGGUAUUAUGCUCCCGGCAAGUGCACAGCGAACUAGAAGCCAAAGUCGGUGCAUCAAUGGCCUCAAAAAUAACAUUAUGAAGCUUAAGAUGUAUAAUUUGAACUGAACCUGAAUACAAACGGGAGUUUUGUUAAAGAGCGUGGUUCUGCGAUCAGGCCUAGGAGUUUCAACGUCUAGAGGUGGCAAUGCCAUGGAGAGACCUAUAGCUUCGGGUUCGACCACGACACCUAGGCCAACGCUUAUGAAUUCCACAACCCAUCAAUUGCUGAAUAGCAUCACCAGAACAGUCUCCAGUUUAUUUCGAGAAUGUUUGUAGUCAGAUACCAGGGAAAUAGAGCAAAUUAGAAAAUUUCUAGAGAC